CUAGAAAUAAAAUGAUAAAAUAACUAGGCAUUGUGACGCAAGAAGCGCGGAAUUUUAUCAAGUUUCAGAUACACAUUUGUACACAUAUCUUCGGCGUAUUCGGGGUCUUUGAUAUUUACGAGGCCCAGAUACGGCUGCAUUAUUGAUUCUAUCAGAGUCUAAUAGACUUCCUUAAGCCGACGAUGGAUCCGAUAAAGCGGAAUGUUUGCCGUGUACACAGAAUACUGUGUGUGCCUAUUAUUCACGCGCUUUCAUUAACGAGUGACAACGAGAUAAGGGUGCCCCUUCCUGACGAGAAUUUCCGCGUGAAUAGCGAUCGCUAUAAAUCGAAUUACGGCGCGUACGCAGGUCGAGUGCAAGACGAUCGUUCUAUUUGUACCAAUGUAUUGGUAAUUCGCAAAUUUCACUCCUCGUCAAUCCCUGGCUCGAAGCCGAUAAAUAAUCGCGGAGCUAUCGGUGCGGUCGCGGCCGUUUGGAAAAACGUGCGAUGGAGAAGUCCGAAAAACCGCCGAAGGAGCCGGGGAAGUUGCGGCAAUUCCUUGCCGCAUUGAUCGUGAAUCAAUUGGCAUUGUCUUACGGAAUCGUGAUAGGAUGGCCGUCACCGUCAGCUCUGCAGCUGCAAAGUUCUUCGUCGCCCGUCGGGGACGAGCCCAUGACAGACGCUGGCGUAUCCUGGUUGACCGGCAUUCUGACCUUGAGCGGCACCAUCGUGACCGUGCUGCUGUCGGUGAUACCCGACAGAUUUAGCCGGAAGAGAUUCGGCUACGCGUUGACAUUACCGAUAUUGAUCGCCUGGCUGCUGAUCGCCUUCGCCACCAAUCACACGUACAUCUACGUGUCGAGGGCUCUGACCGGUGUCUCCGGCGCCGGUACGUUCUUCCUCGUGUCGAAUUACGUCUCGGAGAUCUCGUGCGACAGCAUCCGCGGCAUGCUGGCCGCUAUCCUGGUGUUCUCCGUGAACACCGGGGUACUAAUAGCUUAUAUCCUGGGUGGCAUAAUGUCCUUCCACACCUUACCCGUGGUCGUCAUAGCGCUAGCUAUUUUCUUCUUCGUCACUUUCAUCUUCUUGCCGGAAUCGCCGGCCUACCUGGUGCGUCAAAAUCGCAUGCACGAGGCGAUUAGAGCCUUAAAGUGGUUGAAAGGUGGAAACGUUCUGGUGGCGGAAUGUGCGCUGUCGCAUGUACAGCUGCAAGUCAAGGAAAUCGCGUCCAUGAGGACUGCUAAGUUCUCGGAUUUAUUUAGAGACAAAGCGACGACCAAAGCACUGAUAAUUGCCCUGGGUUUGUUCAUCUUUCAACAAACUUGCGGAGUCUUCGGGAUGAUCAGCAACACGGAGACUAUCUUCAAGAUGUCCGGUAGUUCGUUGUCGCCGAACGCAUCAGCUAUUAUCGUGGCGGCUUUACAGCUCUUCGGGUCGUGGGUAGCGACGAUCGUGGUGGAUCGUUUAGGCAGACGGCCCUUGUUUCUCCUAUCCGCCGCAGGAAUGUGCGUAUGUCACUGUGUGAUAGCCACGUUCUGCUCUCUUCAGAAUCUCCAAUAUGACGUGUCCGCCUAUUCUUCGAUACCGGUAGUGGCAUUAUCUACCUUCAUGGUAGCGUAUUCUGUGGGAAUGGGCAUUGGACCCGUCGUGAUACUGUUUGAGAUAUUCGCCCGUGACGUGACCCCUCUGGCGUCGACCGUAACUCUCUCUGUAAGCUGGGCAGCCGCUUUCGUCAUAACGAAGAGCUUCACCGAUCUUAUUGCUCUGUUAGGCAUGCACGGCUGCUUCUUCCUCCUCGCCGCCUUCUGCGCGUGCAAUUUCAUCUUCUGCUACGCGUUGCUACCGGAGACCAAAGGACGGAAUCGCGAGGACAUUGUGGAUGAACUCAAUGGCGUGCGGUGUACGAAAAAUAGUAACAAUGUUAAGCAUACCAUUGGCUCGGAUUCAGUGCAUGCGGCAUAUGUGUGAAAGUGUUACCUUUAUCCAAGAGGUCUGAAAACUAAUAACUGUAGCAAAGAAAUUUGUAAAACAUACACCUUUAUCCUGUAUAUUCUGUACAUAGCUUUAUGGAGAAGUUUAUGUGUUGUCAGUUUCUUAAAGAUCAUUUCUUUUACUGACAAUGUGCAAUA